UUUGAAAGUUGCAACAAAGCUUCUUCUUUUUUCACCGGAGAGAGAGCUUUAGGAGAAUCUCUCAACAAUGGCGGAAUCGAUUUUCAGAAAGCUAAGAGACGGUGGAGAAGAAGGCGAACUCGCACCAGCUCUCACCAUUGAAGAAACCGUAGCUUCCCCUUUCGGACUCGAUGUCUCAGGCUAUCUUCUCACAAAUCUAUCUUCAUCAAUCUUGGCUGGAAAAUCCAAGUCGCAGGGUCUCGUGUUGAUCACAUUCUCGCGAAGCCCUUCGUUCUAUUUGCAAUUGUUGAAGCAAAAAGGAAUCGUUGUCACUUCAUCUUCUAAAUGGAUUCGUGUUUUGGAUUGUUACACUGAUCCACUAGGCUGGAUUGAUCAGUCUUCAACUGGUGUUACUGAAGGUUCAAGUUUGGUUAAGCUACACAAGUGUGUGAGUGACUUGAAAAGGCUUUUAACUUCAAUCAUUGAAGCGGGAAGAGAGUUGGUUGGAGAUGGGAAGACACGUUUCUGUGUUGCUAUAGAUUCCGUGAAUGAGUUGCUAAGACGUUCUUCUAUGCCAUUAGUUUCUGGUCUUUUAACAGAUCUUCGAAGCCACGCGCAAAUUUCCAGUGUCUUUUGGUCAUUAAACACUGAUCUUCACCAAGAGAAGGUCACAAAUGCGCUUGAAUAUGUAUCAACAAUGAAAGCCAACUUAGAACCUUUGUGUCCUUCUGAAGACGGACAAAGGAAUGCUUUAGAAAACUUGUUUUUGGUUCAUCAGGAUUUCGGUAAAGGUCGGUUCCAUGUUCGGUUUAAGCUUAGAAAGGGACGCGUCAGAGUCAUGUCUGAAGAAUAUCAUGUUGAUCAAUCGGGAAUAAACUUUUCACCCAUUUCAUCCGCGGAUACUGUUAUUGCAACCACUAAAAGCCUUUUGCCUAAGGUUCAAUUCAAUCUACAGAUUUCUGAGAAAGAGCGACUGGAGAAAGAAAAAGUUGUGCUUCCUUUUGAGCACCAAGAUAAUGGAAUAUCGACAGAUAUCUAUGAUGGUCGGAGAUCUCUUGUAGAUAGCAAGAUUGAGACAGCACCAUUGUCUUCAAUGAUCUUGCAGACGGAUGUGGUUUCAUCGGGUAAGGGUGGGGAGAUCAUAUAUUUCAGAGAUUCAGACGAUGAGCAUCCUGAUUCUGAUGAGGACCCUGAUGAUGAUUUGGAUAUUUGAAGUUCUUGAAUUAUACUUUUGGUUUUGGUUAGUGUUAAGAUCUUAGUUGUUAGAUUUUGUACACUAAAACUAGAAGGUUUGUUGGUAUGUGUAUUACAGUUACAAUUGUUACAAGAACAUCUCUCAUCUUCUAUUCUUCUUGAGUUAUUUUGUUGUGUUUGUUUGCUGCAUAUUGAUCAUCACUCAUCCUUAUGUUUUGAACAAAAUAAUUCCU